AUGCCUCAAAAUCUGCUUACGCCUCGUAGUCAACCGAAAUCCCCUAAUACCAAUGGCCUCCAUGUAGCCAUCAUCGGUGCAGGAAUAGGCGGUUUAGCUUGCGCGAUAGCAUGUCGUCGAGCAAACCCGCCCCUCCAAGUCACCGUACUUGAGCGCACGCCGGAAAUCCUCACCAUCGGUGCCGGGAUCCACAUUCCGCCGAACGCCUGCCGGGUGCUGACUCGCUUCGGACUUCUCGAGAAACUCAAGCAGGCGGGCGGGUACCAGGUGCAGGAUUUCACGCUAAGGAGAUACGAGAACGGCCAAGUCCUUGUUGAGAAGCCGCUCAAGGGUAGAAUGGAGACGGAGUAUGGGGCACAAUGGAUAGGAGAUUAUCAGAACGUCCUGCUCAAGGAGGCUCGAGCUGUUGGGGCAGUUGUGUUGACGAGCGCAGACGUUACUGGCGUCAAUCUUGCUUUCGACGGCGCCCAGACCUUGUUGCUAAAGGAUGGAAGACAAAUUAGCGCAGAUGUAGUAAUUGGUGCGGACGGGCUAUGGUCUUUAACCCGAGAGAUCGUCUUAGGACGGCCCUUUCCGCCAACGGAAACGGGGGAUCUUGCAUAUCGUGGUACUUUCACACGCGAACAGCUCAAAGGACUUAAGAACGAACGAAUGGAUAAGUUACUGGAGCAGUCAAAUAUCCAAGUAUGGCUCGGACCGGGAAGACAUGCCGUUUUCUAUCCUCUGCGGAACCAUACAGAAUACAAUCUCGUCUUGAUAGCCGCGGAUGAUCUACCUAGCGGCGUGCGUACCUCACAAGGCAGUCUAGAGGAAAUGGCUGCUAACUUUCAAGGAUGGGAUCCGAUCCUCAACGAAAUCAUUUCAUGUCUGAAGACCGCAUUGAAAUGGAAGCUCCUCCACUUCAAGGAGCUCGACCAAUGGACCAAGGGUGUAAUCGCUCUAUUAGGAGACGCCUCACAUCCGACGCUACCAUACCAGGGCCAAGGCGCUGCCAUGGCCGUCGAGGAUGGCGCUAUCCUCGGAUUACUUCUGGAGAAAUUCCAAAGCGCAGGCAUCCCAUCGAACCAAGUAGAGAAAAACGAGAAAUUAGCAAGUCUUUUCCGCCUGUAUGAAGGCCUACGCAAGAAGCGGACGGAAGUCAACGUGGCCGGCGCCGUGCAUACCCGCCAUUACUACCACUUGGCCGACGGCCCGGAGCAAGAGGCGCGCGACAAGGAAUUGGCCGGGCUGGCUAGCGGGAAGUGGAAGGGGCCAUGCUCGUUUAAUUGGGGGGAUGCUGAGUAUCAACAGAGCUUACUGGGAUUUGAUGUUCUUGCUGAUACGGAGAAGAGAUUCGACGAGUGGUUAGGAGAUAUUUAG